AUCUUCUGCAAGACACAAAUGCAAACAUAAGAAAUGAAUGAGAGAAAUCAUAACACUUAAGAUUUAUCUGCCAGUUUACGUCUACCCGCCUGUCCAAACAACAGUGGCAGUUGUCAUAUUAAAUCUAGGCACUAAGGCCACAUACAGCUGAUGCUCAUGAAGUAAGGCAGAUAAGAAACUGAUAACUACUGAUUUCUCCUUUCCUGGCACAGUCCUUAACAUAUGUAAUGAGGCUAAAAACGUAUAACAUUACAUAACUGACGACCAGUCUAAUGACCGUGAAAUUUGCAGGCAGUAUCGUAUGAUGUAUGCACAAGCUAAUAUGCUUAUCAGAAAAUUUGGUAUGUGUUCAUCUUCUGUGAAAAUAACACUUGCUGCUUCUUGCUACAAAAGAAGCGGCAUUCAAUUAUGGUAUGAGGCUACAACUCAAAGUGCCUAGAUGGAGUAGAGCAAGCCUUCCGUUUGUGAAUGUUGAUGUGCCAACUUGUCCUGCUGUUCUCAGAAACCUUAUGUAUAGAUGUAUGUGUAGACUACUGUGUCUUGCAACAAGUAAGGGAUAAUGGACCACGUUAGACUAUCAAAAGUUAAUACACGUUCUAGAUGAUAAUGCGGCCCAAAAGCGGAGGGCCGAUCCAAUGUGUUGGGGGCGCCCUCUGGAGGCGCCCUUAAUUAAUUAAAAUAUACGAAACAAGCAAAAUUAAACCAAACAUGUUCCCAAAUGGAACGGAGAAGGGAGGGGGCGGGGGAUUAAAGUUAGGGCGCACUGAAACCCUCACCGUAGUACGCAGGACAAUGCGACAAAGCCAUCUAUCCCACUCUAUAGAAAAUAUUGAGAUAUAUAUCGUAUAUCGCCAGUCAGCCAAAAAAUAUCGGGAUAUCAUAUUUUGCCCAUAUCGUGCAGCCCUAAUCUGAAUACAGACGUCGCAAAACCUCUACAUCCAGCUCUCCAACAAGAAGUUGACAACGAAGACCUUAAGGAUGGCACAAGCAGGCGAUUUGUUCACUGAUGCAUUUCCAAUGCAAAAACCCUGACAACCAAUUGGAAUACAGACGCUGCAAACCCUCUCCAUCCAGCUCUCCGAGAAGCAGUUGACAACAACGGAGACCCUACAGAUAACACAAGCCUGUGAUUGUUUCACUUCCUCCAAAUUAAACGACCAUUCAAAGCUCACGGCAGAAAAGGUAUCAAACUUGCAUUUCAUAAUUGUAUCCGAUACACACAGAGAUGGCCUCUUAUUGGAGUAAAAGGAGGCGAGUCUUGUCCAACGCAAGGGAGACAGAGAACGAGAUUUUGCAGCAAUUACAUUUAAGUACAGUUAAUCAGGCUGAAAAUGCCCCCCCUAGCUUACCAGAUCUAGCACUGUGUGGGACAACUUCAGAAUUCGAGAACAGUCCUGACCAAAACACUACAGACAGUGAUGCCAGUGAAAGAGAGGAUUUUAGUGGGUUAUCCAGCUCUGAUGAAAGUGAGCCUGAGGAAAUGAGUUUACAAGCUAAACUAAAGCAAUGGGCAUCAACUUUUGGCAUUACUCUUGUUGCAGUUACCGCUCUUCUAUCAAUAUUGAGAGUACACCACUCUGAGCUGCCUAAAGAUGCCAGGACACUUCUUGGCACACAAAAGAAAAUAGCUGUGCAUGCAUUAGGUGGUGGUGAAUAUCACCAUUUUGGAUUGGCUAAGGGAAUUUUAUCAAAAUUGAAUUCAAUCCAUUUGCCUAGCUGCCUUCAGACAAUUCGGUUACAAUUCAACAUCGACGGUUUACCCAUUUUUAAGAGUUCAAAAGUUCAGUUUUGGCCAAUUCUUGCGAUGCUUGAUUGUGAUUACACAAAAAAACCUUUUAUUAUUGGUUUGUUUUGUGGAACUGGAAAACCAUCUAGUGUGUACGACUACCUCAAAGAAUUUGUCAAUGACCUUACCCAGCUACUGAGGAAUGGAUUGACCUUCAGAGGUAAACCUCUAAAGGUGAUGGUGUGCUCCUUCAUUUGUGAUGCUCCAGCACGUGCUUUUGUGAAACAGAUGAAGUCCCACAAUGGGUACUCUGGGUGUGACAAGUGCAAUCAAGUUGGCGUGUGGCAAAAUAAAAUGACAUAUCCUGAAAUAAAUGCCAGGCUUAGAUCAGACGAAGACUUUGCUUUAAUGUCAGACACAGAUCACCACCUGCGACCUAGUCCCCUUACUGGCAUUGUUCAGAUGGUAACCCAGUUUCCCAUUGAUUACAUGCACCUCUGCUGUUUGGGUGUAACAAAAAAACUCAUUCUUUUCUGGAUGAAGGGCAAAAACCUGGCCAUAAGACAGCCAUCUAAUGUCAUCUCAGCUAUAUCAUCUAAACUGAUUGCUCUCCGUCCCCAUAUUCCAUCUGAAUUUGCCCGAAAACCACGAGAGCUGACAGAGAUCGAAAGAUGGAAGGCUACAGAACUAAGGCAGUUCAUGAUUUACAGUGGACCUGUGGUCCUAAAGCACAAUCUACCAGAAGAGAUUUUUGAGAACUUCCUGUUGUUUUCCGUGGGUGUGUUCUUAUUACUCAGCCCCAACCUCUCUGCACCCAUGAUUGAUUUUGCCAAUCGAGUCCUAACAGCAUUUGUUAAAAGCUUUGGAGAUUUAUAUGGUCAAGGAGAAAUUGUAUUUACAGUUCAUCAGGUGAUACAUCUAGCUGAUGUGUACAAACAGUUCGGUGCCCUUGACCGUGUCUCUGCAUUUCCUUAUGAAAACUUCCUUGGAAAAGUAAAAAAAAUGUUGCGAAAGCCUCAACUACCAUUACAACAGGUAGUCAAGAGACUGUCAGAGGUGCCUCAAACUGUUACUCCACCUCCAAGUAAGCAGCCCCUUUUGUACGAAAUGCACCAGGAUGGUCCUUUGCCUCUGCAAUUCAGUACUGCCAAACAGUACAGAAAGGUAGUAACAACAGAUUUCUGCCUGUCAACAAAGACUGGGAACAACUGCAUAGCAGUAGGACAGGAUAUUGGACUGGUCCAAAACAUUGUGCUAUCCUCUGGUUCAGUCUUCAUCAUCUACAGACGAUUUGGGUACAAGGAAUCCCAUUUCACAUAUCCCUGCCCCUCCUCUCGAAUAGGCUGUUUUCAGGUCCAUACGUUGGUAGAUGAUCUUGAGGUUGAGCUCCUUGGGGAUGUCAGCAGAAAAUGUGUGCUUUUUCCAGACCAAGACCAUUAUGUUGCCAUCCCUCUUCUUCACCAAUCCUAA